CAGGUGUCUAAGAAUUCAUAUCCCCUUUUCCUCCUGCCAGCAGGAAAACCAAAAUAAAAAUAAAAAACCACAACUAAACACCAAAAAGAAACAUGAGAAAGCUUUUGGUGAAUGUUUUCCUAGUAACUUUCUUGGUGUUUUUGGGGCAUAAAGUGGAAGGACUUGGGGUUAACUGGGGUGACAUCUCCUCCCACAAGUUGCCUCCUAAAGAUGUGGUCAAAAUGUUGCAAGAAAACGACAUUAAGAAGGUGAAGCUUUUCAAUAAUGAUGAGACUGUCUUGAAUGCCUUGGCUGGAACUGGCAUUGAGGUCAUGAUUGGCAUCUCCAAUCAACUCCUCAAAGAUUUGGUGAACCCUGAUGUAGCCAAGAAAUGGGUAAAAGAAAAUGUCACUCGUUUUAAGCCAAAGUCUCCUAAAGGAGUUAAUAUCACACUUGUAGGUGUUGGUAAUGAGCCAUUCUUGAGAGAUUACAAGGACACACUAACAAAUGUUACAGGCCCAGCAUUAGAGAAUAUCCAAAAUGCACUGAAUGACGCUGGACUUGGUGACACCACCAAGGCAACUGUACCUCUAAAUGCUGAUGUUUACUUGUCACCAAGCUGGAAUCUUGUCCCUUCUGGGGGAUUUUUCCGCUCUGACAUCAUCGAUCCACUUAACUACAUUCUUAAGGUCUUGAACAAGAACAAAGCUCCUUUCAUGGUCAAUAUUUAUCCUUUUCUUAGUCUUUUCUAUGGAAAUGGUGCCUUCCCUUUUGACUAUGCCUUUUUUGAUGGUGUGAGCAAUCCUCUUAAGGACAAAGAUGGUGUUGAAUACACAAACUGCUUUGAUGCCAAUCUUGACACUUGCGCAGCUGCUCUGGCAGGAGCAGGUUAUGGCAACAUGACCAUUAUGGUAGGAGAAAUGGGAUGGCCUACAGAUGGAAACCCUUAUGCCAAUGUGACAUUGGCUGAAAAGUUUUACAAAGGAUUUGUAUCAUAUCUAGCCAUAGGAAAAGGUAGCCCACGUCGCCCUGGUAACGUUGAGGCAUACCUAUUUGCCUUAUUUGAUGAGGAUAGGAAGAGCACACUCCCAGGUAACUUUGAGACACAUUGGGGUCUCUACUAUGACGAUGGAACACCAAAGUUCCCUCUUGAUCUACAUGGAAAUAAAAAUACUCUUGUGUCCGUAUCAAAUGUGGAGAAACUCUCUAAAAAAUGGUGUGUGAUAAAGCCGGAUGUUAAGAAUUUUACAGAUGUUAUGACAUAUGCUUGUGAUCGUGUAGAUUGUACACCUCUUACUAAUGGAUCAUCUUGCCAAGACCUUAGUGACGCUGCCAAGGCUUCAUAUGCAGUGAAUGCCUAUUUCCAAAACCAACAACAAAAAGAUGAAAGUUGUAAUUUUGAAGGCAAAGCAACAGUAACCACAAAGGAUCCAUCCCAAGGGACUUGCAAUUUCACCAUUGGCUUUAAGACACUUUCUUAUCUUUCCCCUUCUCCAUCUCCUCUUCCUUCAAUCGAUCACUCAGAUUCUGCCAAGCCUUCUUCCUCACAGUCUACUUCUCCAAAUCCUCUGGCCUUUGCUUCCAUGGGAAUCUUUUUUCUUAUUUCACUAUUUUUCAUGUAG